GGGGAACCAGGGCACCUCUUUCCUCCCACAGCCCAGGAGCAAGCAAGGUUUGGUCAAGGUGAGACGGUGCCGCUGGAGCCUUGGAGGAUUCCCUGUGCCGAGAGAGCCCGGCUGGAGCAGAUAAGCUCAGUGCAGGUUUUAAGUACAAGUGGAAGGCAGGUCUUUGAAAUACAGAAUGGCUACUCAUCAGCUGUUACAGACUAGGCAAAAGAAGUCCUCUAAGGAAUCAGUAUUGUUCCCCAACAAAAUUGCUACUGAGCAGCAGUCGGUGGUGCUGGUGAAGAGGCUCCUGGCCAUCUCUGUGUCCUGUAUAACCUACAUGAGAGGGCUCUUCCCGGAGAGCUCGUACGGAACUCGAUACUUGGAUGACCUCUGUCUAAAAAUUCUGCGAGAAGAUAAAAGCUGUCUGGGAUCACUGCAGAUAGUCAAGUGGAUCCAAGGCUGUUUUGAUGCUUUGGAGAGGCAAUAUUUGCACAUUGCUGUCCUCGCAAUUUACACCAAUCCCAAGGAACCGGAGACAGUGACUGAACUGUACCAGUUCAAAUUCAAGUACAAAAAGGAAGUGCCCCAGAUGGACAUCAUCAGCAACCAAGUGAACUUUGUGGAUGGGGCGUGCAGUGAGGAUGUUAAACAGGCCAGCAGGCUCCUGAUCCGGAAACUCUACCUGCUAAUGCAAAACCUUGGCCCACUUCCCAGUGAUGUUACCCUCACCAUGAAACUCCUCUACUACAAUGAUGUAACUCCUGACGAUUACCAGCCCCCUGGCUUUAAGGCGGAGGGCAGCCGUGGUGACCUGUUUUUCGAUGGUGAUCCUGUCAACCUGAGAGUAGGGUCAGUCUCCACUGGCUUCCACCUCAUCAAAGUGAGAGUGACAACUGAAAAGAAGAGAAUGAGGAAGGUUGAGAGCAGCCUGAUCGAGAGGAAUGGCCCUACUGAGAUCUCCCAUCAAGGGUUAGACUGUGAUGAAGAGGAAGAAGAGGGGACCACAAAGAGUCACCCUCUCCCUGCCAGAGCAGAUUCAAGUGAGCAUGAAGAGGACAAAAAUGUCAGACAGAAAAUGGAAGCAUCUUCUUACCUUCAAGAUACAGGUGGGAAGAAGAAGACUGGAGUCAAGGAGACGGGCAGGAUGUCUUGCUCAAGGCCAUCUCAGCAGAUAAACUGCCUGAACCUUGCCUUUAGCCAGGAAGAGGUAACAGGACCCAAGAAGAAAAGGAAGGUCAGUGAACCAGAGAAGCUGCUUCUGGAAGGCAGGAAAUCAUGUUCGUUCUGACACACAAUACUUUGAAAGGUGUGAGCUUGCGUUGUCAUCUGACUUGUAAAGACACUUUCUUCCAAUGUUUAACUCUUCCCCAUACCCCUGUAUUUCUGCAUGUUUAUUUGUCUGGUGACAGCUUGGAUUGCAAAGAGCAAUCCAACAAGCACUGUAAUUGUCAUGGCAGUGUCAACCAACAGCACUUGUUUGAUGUUCUAAAGUUCAGGAUUUAUGAUUCCAUGCGAA